GUUAGGUUAAACACUUAAUUCAUGCAAAUACUACACAAUAUAUUAUUUUUUAAAAGAUAACCUCAUCCCACUGCUUAAAGUUAAACCAUGGACGUGUUUUUGAUGAUUCGGAGGAAGACGUUGACUAUAUUUACAGAUGCAAAAAACACAACCACCGUCCUUGAGUUGAAAAAAAUCAUUGAAGGGUUUUUAAAGAUACCACCGCAGGACCAACAGUUGUUUAAUAAAGAUAAUACUAUUAUGGUGGAUGAUAGGAUGUUGCAGGAUUAUGGACUGACUUCGACCACAACUACAGCUCAGAAUCCAGCGACAGUAGGGCUUGCAGUACGCUGUUGGCAAAACUUCAUUAUGACAACUCUGAGCGCAUCUUCCACGAGGCAAAUAUUCUGCGCUGGUCAUAAAGAACUUCAGCAUCCGACAUUCAUUCAGAUGCAAGCAGCAAUAUAGAUUUCGUGAUUUAGAUUUUUACUUCCCGAUUGUAAGAUCACCGGAUAAUUUGGUCCCAGAAGCCCCAAAAUGUAUUCAGCCGAAUAAGAAAUUUUCCUUUAAUAGGAUUAACUGGGAAUUGUAUUAGAUACAAAUAUUUAUCUUUAAUAAAUUAAUGAAAAUAA